CGACCUUGCAAGCCGCCCUGCCCAGCUCGAUGUCUCGCCUCCGCACGCAGAGCGACGCGACUGCUGGCGCUUCGACCGUCGCCGUCGACUCGACCCGCGGCCGCAGCCGGAUGCUGAGCGCCGCGACUGCUCCUCCUUCGACCGUCGCCGUCGACUCGACCCGCGGCCGCAGCCGGAUGCUGAGCGCCUCCACCUCAAAGCUCGGCCUGCUGUCGCUUGGGCGAAGCCGGACGCUAAGCGCGGCAGUCCUGCCCUCAGAGGUGGAUGAAGAGGCUGAGGCCGAGAAAGCACGGCUCGCGUUUCAAGCGCCAGGCGGCAGCAGCGCAUCUUCCAGCACCGUCUCCUCCUGCAGCACUUUGUCUGAGUCUGGUCGGCCGCGGAGCAUCAGCCAGCGAGCAGCGCACAAGGUGUCCAAGCGAGCCCACCAGGCGGCCACCAAGCUGCAGGCCACGUGGCGGAAGGCCUCCACAGCGGUAUGGCUGGCGCUGCUCGACAAGGCGUCCGGCUCGGAGAGGGCGAUGGCACGCGUGAGCAAGAUGCUGCUUGGGAUGGGCGACGCCGGCGGCCAGGCGCUGGGCAAGCUGAUCCUCUUCCUCGCCGCUCCCGGCAACUCCGCGCUCUCAAGGACGCGGAAGCGAGCGCUCGUCAAGCUGCUCCGGUCCGCCGUCAAGCUGGUCAACGUCGCCCUCAAGACGGUCCUGCCGCGGUACCUCAAGCCCUCCCGCCGGAAGGUUCAGAAGCUGCUGGCGGAGCUGCACAACUCGGGCGAGGGGCAGCCGCUCGGCGAAGAGGACUCGGAGGGGAUCGCAAAGAACCUGCUGCUCGAGGUCCUCCGGGCGGACUCGGCGGGGCGCCUGUGGCGGCGUGUCGUCAG